AUGUAUACAUUAAUAAAAGAGUUGUAUAAUAGAUGGAACCAAAAACCAGCCUAUUUUAUACUAAUCCUGGGGAUAGAAAACUCAGGAAAAACAACAUUUCUUGAGAAAGUUAAGUCUAUUUAUAAUAAAAGAUAUAUAUUUUCAAGGGAUAAUAUAACAUCUACGGUUGGACAGAAUAUUGGAAAAAUUACAAUUGAUAAAACGAAAAUCCAACUUUGGGAUCUUGGAGGACGAAUAUCAUUAAGAAGUUUAUGGUAUUCAUAUUUUUCAGAAUGCCAUUCUAUUAUUUAUGUAUUGGAUUCAUCAGAAAAAGAAAAGAUCUAUGAAGCAAAAGAUAUAUUUGAAAGAAUAAUUAAUCAUGAAGAUAUUAAAGGAAUUCCAAUAUUGAUAGUAGCUAAUAAACAGGAUAUAUCAGGAUCAUUUACAAUUGAAGAGAUAAAGAAAGUUUUUAAUAAUGUUAUAGAAAGAUUAGAGGAAUAUAAAAAUCAUAUUAUUGCAAUAAGUGCUAUUAAUGGAACAGGAAUAGAGGAAGCAAUAGAAUGGUUAAAAGGUCGAAUGGAAGAAAAUAGGUUAAUACGAGAGCCAAUAUAUUGUUAA